GGAAGGCGGGGCGGGGCCUGGAAGAUACGGGGCGGGGCAUCGCGCAGGCCCGGCCUCUAAGAUGGCGGCGCCCGGAAAACAGUAUGGACUUAUCUUUCCUAAGAAGGUUCAGCAGAAAGGACUGGUCAAGCAUGCUGCGUUUAUGGACGACUCCGACGAAGAGUCUUCGAUCAGCGAGAGCCUCCAGAAGGAAUCCCUAAAAAAGCAAGCCAUGAAACAAACCAAGCUGGAGAUCCAGAGGGCCCUGGCCGAAGACUCCACCGUCUAUGAAUACGACACCAUUUACGAGGACAUCCAGCAGAAGAAGGCGGAGACCCAGGCCAGCUCGCUUGCGGAAAAAGCCGAGAAAAAGCCCAAAUACAUCCAGAACAUCCUGCAGGCGGCUGAGCUGCGGAAGAAGGAGCAGGAGCGCCGGAUGGAGAAGAAGAUCCAGAAGGAGCGCGAGGCCGAAGGGGACGCCUUCCAGGACAAGGAGGCCUUCGUGACCUCCGCCUACAAGAAGAAGCUGCAGGAGAGGGCCGAAGAGGAGGAGAGGGAGAAGAAGGAGGCCGCCAUUGAAGCCUCCCUGGAUGUCACCAAACAGAAGGACCUGAGUGGUUUCUACCGGCAUCUGCUGAACCAAACCGUGGGGGAGGAGAAGAUGCCCCACUGCAGCCUUCGGGGAGCCGGGUUCAAAGGAGAAGACCCCUCCGAGAAGCCAACAGGCUCCCAUCAAAGUCUGGAAAACAAAACGGGAACUCAUGUUCCCGGGAAGGAAGAAGAGAAUCUGGAUGCAGACAGUGACUCGCGAUCCGAUAGCAGCGAUGGCGAAGAGACAGUAGCCGAGGGAGUCCCGGAGAAACGCGGCGAGCAGAAGGCUUCCGGGGAAGAUGAUGGGGACUUUCGUGGUCGCCAAUUGAAGAAAAACCUGAGAGACUCCCGAUCUCCCAGUGAGGAGAGACCUCCGCGCUCCCCUCCAGCAGAGAAGCGAGACCGCCGAAGGGACGAAGCUCACCAGCGCGACGAAAGGAAUAGCCAGAGAAGACACGGAAAGGACGAGCGAAGCCGGACCGACGGUCAUCAUAGGAGGCGAGAAGACCGAGAGGACCGGCACAGGAGGAAGGACUGGGAGGAGGAAGAGGAGGAGGAAGAGAAGCGAGACCCGAGGAGAGGAAGAGACAAGAAGGAACAUCGGGCCAGAGAGAAAGACCGAGAUGGAGACAAGGAAAAAGGGCGGGGAAGAGAUGCAGACCGAGACGAGAAGCCGAAACACGCGAGGAAACGCAGCUCGGGGUCCGUGGCCCAAGAAGACGCCCAAACUCAAGAGGGGAACCCUCCCAGCCCAGAGAAAUCCCCCGAGUUGACCCACAAGGCUUCUGAAGACAGCAAAGAGACCCCGGAGAAGCCGGCCGAGAAAGUCAACAAAUUCGCUAAACGCAGCAACCAGGAGAGCGUCUCGUCCGCCCGGGACCGUUACCUCUCCCGGCAAAUGGCCCGCGUGGGCCCCAAAUCCUAUGUGGAAAAAGAGGAAGAUUAGGUGGGGCUACACCGGUGGGAUCGCAGGAGGGACUUUGGUUGGGAAUCUCAGGGCCUUUCGAGCGGAGGGAAGGAGCGGGCUAUUUAUUUCAAAAGGUUCUGGAUGCGAGAAGCAACAGGACGGAUCUCGGAGGGAGCCGAGUCUCAUUUUAGCCGGGAGUCAGUUGGGCUGCAGAGCCUUUUGAGGCUCGGCCUCGGCUGAAAGACCUUCCGAAACAUUUCCUCAAGAUCCACAAAUUUGAGGAAGGAAAAGCAUGCAGAUGAUACAAGAUCAGGGAUAAUCUUGUUUUCUUUCUUUUUGUUUUGUUUUCUUUUGUUUUAAAUGCAGAUGUAAAGAUUAGGCGUUUCCGUCCAGCGUUUUCUGACUUCUGACUUCUAGAGCCAGCAAAAUAAAGUGAAAAAAAAAAGAAAAU